AGCAAAUGCGCGCACAUGUUCCUGUAUUCCUUGUGGAGACCCUGGUCAACUUGUAUAGAAUAUUGUAUGACACUGAGUUCUGAAACUGUAGAAAGCCGGAUGCCAAAAGAGGAGGGGUUGGUACCCCAUGUUUAUUAAUAUCCCUCGGCUUUCUCCCAUAUUGUAUGCAGCGUACAGGAUCAGUCUGCAGCAAUCUGCGUGGGGCGUACACUAUCAUCCCUGUUCUCCUCAACUUGGGGCUGCUGUCCAACGACUAUAGCCCAGCACGAUACGGCCAAAUAGUGAGGUCAGUCAGGAAAGCAAGUAUGCGUGGAUACAUCACCCGGUCAAAGAUUAUAACAGUGUCGUGGUUGGCUUUGGCAGUAGCUGCUACUCUGUACAUUGCUUCAGUCAGGAAUAAGGGGACGAAACAAACUAGCAUGGCGCUGAAGGAAACACAACAGAAAGAUCAACAAGAAAUUAAAUCAUUGUCAGCACAGAAGGAUAAAGUUAGAACAAGCACAGAUUCCCCGGAGCAUGUGCUCCUUGUGCUUUUCUCCACGUGGAUUAACAAACAGGGGAAAGAACACGUGCAGCGUAGCGUGCUUGCAACAUGGCGGACCUGGGUGCCACAGAUCAGACCUGUGUUGCUGACCGACGACCCGGGGGCAAGGCUGAACGCUGAAAAGUCUGGAUGGCAGGUGAUGAGGGUGGGGGAGACAGGGUGUGGCAAUACCAGCAUGCCCACUCUCAGAGGAAUGUUCAACGACGUUAAUGUUCAGUAUAAAGGAACUGCCGAUCUGGUUGGGUUUGCGAACGGUGAUCUUGUUUUUGACGAUGGCUUGCUAAAUACAGUCAAAGCACUUGUUAAGCAAGAGAGUGAUAUAUUGAAGACGCGGCCUGUGAUGGUGUUGGGGAAAAGGACGAACGUGGACAUGAAGGACAACGUCACUAUCACCGACGUCAGCCAGGUGAAAGGUCACGCAACGCGUGGACGCUACCCCGGUGAGGGGUCUUCUGACUAUUUCUUUACGAAUCACUUGUUUCCCUGGGACCGGGUGCCAGAGAUUGUAAUUGGACGAAUGGGAUUCGGGAUGUGGAUUACGGCAUAUGCACGUGCGAAUAACGUGACCCUAUAUGACCUCACGAAGACGGUGACUGCAGUUCACAUGACCACAAAAGAAGGGAUUUUUGAAUCUGGUAAAAGUGUUAAUACAUGGUGUAACCAUAAGUUGAUAAAUGCUAAUCAUUUGAAGCCAAAGAACUACGAGUGUGGUUGGAUUGAUUGUGCAAGAAGACGAUCGAUGUACACGGCCGACGGUGCUAUUACCUUCACUGAUGUUCAAAACAGUACUUUAAUGAAAGGAUGUCAUCUGUGUGGAUACAACUGAAAGUGAUUCAUUUGCGUCAGGGGA